GCUCCCGCCCUCCCCCGCCCGUCCCCGUCUGCGGAGGCUAGCCUUCCUGCCCGCCUCAAGUUCCGGCGCUGCUCCUGCGGGAGCGUUCCGCGUCGCUCCGCAGCCAUCGACGGCUCCCGGCACUUCUGAGCUCCAGUGUGCGAGGGCCUGCGGGUUUCCUCCAGCCAGGGACGGCGGAGAGCAGAGGCGAAGGCACUUGAGGCCUUAGGCCGUGGCUGCCGGGUUGGGUGAGACGCGCCCAUCCUCGGCCAUUUGAGGCGCGCGCGGCCCUCUCGGGACUCCGCCGGCGACCCGUAGCUCGGGCACGCGCCUGUCGCAGCCUGCAGGAAGGAGGGGUCCGGCCCGAGGCCCGGGGUGGCGACCGCCAUGGAGAUCCCCUCGGCCCAGGGCGGGCGCCUAGGGCCUUGGGGGCGGCCCUGAGCGCCCUCCUCCCUGCCCAGGCUGGGUCGCGGACGUGCCCCCGCGGCAGUCGGGCACAUCUGCGUCCCCGCCCUCCCUGGGCCGCGCUGCUGCCUGGGCGCGGCGGCGGCGCCCUGUUGAAUGGGCUGUGGGGGCCCAGGUUUGAAGCGCUGGCGAACGCGGCCUCCGGGGGCGCAAGGCAGCAGCAGCGGUGGCGACCAAACGGGUGCUGGAGUUGGCGGCGGCCAUGGAAGGCCUGGCUGGCUAUGUGUACAAGGCGGCCAGUGAGGGCAAGGUACUGACUCUGGCCGCCUUGCUUCUCAACCGGUCUGAAAGCGACAUCCGCUAUCUACUUGGCUAUGUCAGCCAGCAGGGAGGUCAGCGCUCCACGCCCCUCAUCAUCGCAGCCCGCAAUGGGCACGCCAAGGUGGUGCGCUUGCUGUUAGAACAUUACCGGGUGCAGACUCAGCAGACUGGCACCGUCCGCUUCGACGGGUAUGUCAUUGAUGGUGCCACUGCUCUUUGGUGUGCUGCAGGAGCUGGACAUUUUGAAGUGGUUAAACUUCUAGUCAGCCAUGGAGCCAACGUGAACCAUACCACAGUAACUAACUCCACCCCCUUGCGGGCAGCAUGCUUUGAUGGCAGACUGGACAUUGUGAAAUACUUGGUUGAAAAUAAUGCCAACAUCAGCAUUGCCAACAAGUAUGACAACACCUGCCUAAUGAUUGCAGCAUACAAGGGACACACUGAUGUGGUCAGAUAUCUUUUAGAACAACGUGCAGAUCCUAAUGCUAAAGCACAUUGUGGAGCCACAGCAUUGCACUUUGCAGCUGAAGCUGGGCACAUAGAUAUUGUGAAAGAGCUGAUAAAAUGGCGUGCUGCUAUAGUAGUGAAUGGCCAUGGAAUGACACCAUUGAAAGUUGCUGCCGAAAGCUGUAAAGCUGAUGUUGUUGAACUGUUACUCUCUCAUGCUGAUUGUGACCGAAGGAGUCGGAUUGAAGCUUUGGAACUCUUGGGUGCCUCCUUUGCAAAUGACCGUGAGAACUAUGACAUCAUGAGGACAUACCACUAUUUGUAUUUAGCCAUGUUGGAGAGGUUUCAAGAUGGUGAUAAUAUUCUUGAAAAAGAGGUUCUCCCACCAAUCCAUGCUUAUGGGAAUAGAACUGAAUGUAGAAAUCCUCAGGAAUUGGAAUCCAUUCGGCAAGACAGAGAUGCUCUUCACAUGGAAGGCCUUAUAGUUCGGGAACGGAUUUUAGGUGCUGACAAUAUUGAUGUUUCCCAUCCCAUCAUUUACAGGGGGGCUGUUUAUGCGGAUAACAUGGAAUUUGAACAGUGUAUCAAAUUGUGGCUUCACGCCCUGCACCUCAGGCAGAAAGGUAACAGGAACACCCACAAGGAUCUUCUUAGAUUUGCUCAAGUUUUCUCACAGAUGAUACAUUUGAAUGAAACUGUGAAAGCCCCAGACAUAGAAUGUGUUUUGAGAUGCAGUGUUUUGGAAAUAGAACAAAGUAUGAACAGAGUAAAAAAUAUUUCAGAUGGUGAUGUCCACAAUGCUAUGGACAAUUAUGAAUGUAAUCUCUAUACCUUUCUGUAUUUAGUGUGUAUCUCUACCAAAACACAGUGUAGUGAAGAAGAUCAGUGCAAAAUUAACAAGCAGAUCUACAACCUGAUUCACCUUGAUCCCAGAACUCGUGAAGGUUUCACCUUGCUGCAUCUAGCAGUCAAUUCGAAUACCCCAGUUGAUGAUUUCCACACCAAUGAUGUCUGCAGCUUUCCAAAUGCACUUGUCACAAAGCUCCUGCUGGACUGUGGUGCUGAGGUGAAUGCUGUGGACAAUGAGGGAAACAGUGCCCUUCACAUUAUUGUUCAGUACAACAGGCCCAUCAGUGAUUUUUUGACCUUGCACUCUAUCAUCAUUAGCCUAGUUGAAGCUGGCGCUCACACUGACAUGACAAAUAAACAAAAUAAGACUCCACUAGACAAAAGUACAACUGGGGUAUCUGAAAUACUACUUAAAACUCAAAUGAAGAUGAGUCUCAAGUGCCUGGCUGCCCGAGCAGUUCGGGCUAAUGACAUUAACUAUCAAGACCAGAUCCCCAGAACUCUUGAAGAGUUUGUUGGAUUUCAUUAAGUGACUGGAUAUGUAAAAUUGUUUAAUGUGGUGCUAAAAAGUAAAGGACUUUAAUUACAGACAAUAGAAUUAUGUGUUCAUAAAUUCUACUUUUCUUUCCAUUAUGCUUCUUUCCAACCCAUUCUUUCUUGGUUCUGUAUCUAGUCUUCUUGCCUCAUGUGGUAAUUGAUUUCAAACACACUUUGAACAAAGCCACGUUGUUUAGGUGUAACUGUAAUCUAAGGUGUUUGGAUAUUGGUCACUUACCUAUUUGCUUUUCUUUCUUUUUUUUUUUUUUUAAGGAAUGAAUAUAAAAUAUUUUGUUUGUGUAACAAGGGACAUUUAUGAUUUCAAGUUGAUAAUGUUUUAAAACAGCUGCCUACAAAAGUAUUUCUGUUAAGCCUAUGUCACGUGUUAUCCAUGCAGCAGUUUUGAAGAUUUCAUUAAGAAAAAGAAGCAAAAAAGAGCAUUAAAAGUAAUGGGAUAUCCAGGUGUACUGCACAUGUCAAACUGCUGUAGAUAGUUUUCACUCUUCCAUUAUUUACGUAGAGAGAUAUAACACAUUUUAACAUCAGGAGGAUUUAAAAAUUAUAGCUGCAGAUUAAUCUGAAAAAUGUGCUAAUUUAAUAAUAGUUACAAAUUUAUGAAGUUAAAUCCAUUGAAUUGUUGCAUUAUGCUGGGUAGUAUAUAUAAAGUGAUAAUCUUAAACCAACUUUUCAGAGAAUAUUGAUGGACUUUUGCCUUUAGGCUUGAAUGCUUCGAAGUGUCUCUUAAUGUAAUUUGUCUAAAUUGCAGCAGUCUGCAUUUGAUUCAGCUCACAGACAUGUAAAAAUUAUGAAUGAUGUGUUUUCUUAUGAAACAAAUUGUCACAAUAUACUUAUACAUUCUAUUUUUGUCCUCUUCUCCCUUUCUUCCUGUGUUGUAUCUUUUAAAAUUUGGAAACUGUUUUUCCAGUGGACAUUAUUUGUGCCCUCCUUAUAAGGUGUUUAUGACAGAUGAAAAGGAACCAGGAUAUUUUUGAAUUUUUUCACUUUAUUUACUUAGUCUGUGAUAAGUAGAAAAUUCAUUAGUGUGGUAUAGGACAUUAAGUGUUUUUGAUGAUGAAAAUAAUUCUCAAUGCCACUUGAAAGGUAUUUCUGUCUGACAGCUGCAAAUUUUUCAACCACAAGAUGUCACUUAUUCCAGCAGACUGUACAGAGGUCUUUAUGAUGAUUUUUUGUGUUUUAACAGCAACAUUUAAACUGUCAAACUAAAAGAGUAUUCUGUGAUUAUCUUUUAAGCACAGAAAUUCAAGUAAAGGGUACACACCUAUUUCUAUUGAUGUUAAAAAUGAUAAUGAAAGUAAAAUUAGCUGUAUUUGUAAUUUUCUCUCUAGUGCCAAAUGAAUGCCUUAGCUACUCAUAGUGCAUGGUACUGUAAGUGAAGACCUGCAGCUUUUUUUUCCUUUAUGAAGAGCAUUAUAAUGAUGUAGCAACAUCAGAUAUAAACUUAAAAAAACCUGUAAGGUUUCAAUUAACAUCUUAUGUAUGGAUAUUGCUUUGUAAAGUAUUAAGAGAAAGAUUGCAGUUGGAUCAAUAUAAAACAAUGACCAAGCCAAAAUCAGCACCUAGGGCCUUAAAUAAAAUAGAGACACACCACAAAAUGAAAUAGUUUGAAGGGUGGGAGGGGACGUAAGGGGAGAUUUCAAAAACUCUUUCCCCCAAGGAUGCUAUAUACUUUUUACAGUUCCUAUGUUAUACUUCGUGUGUCUUCUUGGUUCAGUUAGGAAUGUUUUGAUUGGUAAAUUCUGUUGUGGCAAAAGAUUUCUAUUUUCCCAACCUGAGAUUUUACAAGGAAGGUUUUUUGGAUGGCUUAAAGGGAGGUAUUUGAAUGUACUCUAAUUUGAAAAUUACUGACCUUGAUUCUCCUGGUGUGAAUCAAGGAGAUACUGUACCUUGCUCUUGGCAACUGUCGGUGGCCUGAAAGAGAAAAUGCAUUUCUUUAAGGUGAUUUAUUCACACCUUUUCCACAGCUCACAUCAGACGCUUUAUUUUUCACACUACAAGGCCUGUUUAUUGGACAGUCUGAGGAAUAGCUAGGAUACUUGGUAUUCGGUUGGUUCCAUUAUUAAUAUAUGUAAUUUUUAAACACCAAAACUUAAAAUAUCAGACAAUGUUGCAUGUUUUAAAAACAUAUUUUAUCCCACUGGCUACCCAGGACCAGCACUGUUUAUGACACUGCUUAUUUAUAAAAUGAAGAUAAUGAUUGUAUGCACAUAUUCUGACAUCAAAAUUUAAUGACAGUGUUUUUGAGAGGGAAGACUGAAUGCUGGAGAAAGUAAAACUAUGCUGAUUGAAAUGCCGACAAAGUUGGAGAAAUAAUUUGAAGACAGUGGAAUACAUUAUGAACUGUGUUAAUGGUAACUAGAUUUUUGUUGUUUAUUAUAGUAUAGUAGUACAUUGUGCACUAUCUUGUUGAGGAUCUAAUUCUGUCUUGUAAAAUCAAUCAGAAUGUGUAUUGUGAAACACCUGUAUAAAACCAUUCUUGAAACAAGUGAUCUACAUGCCUGUUUUUUAAAUUUGUUUUUUGAUAGAUUUAUUUUAAAAUAUGUUUAACCAAACCCUUCCUAAACUUAACUUUUUUUUUUUUUUUAAAGGAAAAUAAGGUAAGAAAGGUGGCAAUUUUUAGCUCUCAGAACUCUAGGCUGUUUAUACUUUGCAGCCACUUUUCUCAUUCGAUGUUUAUUAUUGGUAGAAUUAUGCUUUGAAUUGUAACUUCCGUGAUAGCCUUACAGAUUCAAUUAGAACUUCUCUGUCCUGCUCAGAAAUUGUCAUGUAAAUCUAGAGAACUAGAGGCCCAGGUGGAUGCUUUCAUUUGCAAGUCAUGUGAAACUUAAGUAAGCUUUGCGCUUUUAAUAAAAUUGUGAAAUUAAACUCUUGAGUUUAGGUAAAUUUUUAACUCAAGGAGUUUGCAGCAAACCCAUCCCCUUAAUUGAUAAAGAAGCGGGAACAUUUUUACCUGUGAACUGACAAUGACAACUGUAGCUUUUUCCUCUACCGUGGAUUGCUCCAGUAGGCCACAACCCAACUACUUUAAAGGUUCUCUGCUGUGGGAACUGUAAACAAACCAAAAAGCAGACCGUCUACAAGCUUUGGUCUUGCUUGUUUCUGAGAAAGGUUUUAUUUCAUUAUACUAAUAGUUGAUUAAUAAUUGGCAAUUGUGAGAACUUAGGUGUGAUAACAUUAUUUGAAGUAAAAUAUGAUUUGGGGCAGCGGCUCCCUAAAUACCAACUUUGUAUUUGACAAGUGUUUUUGAAAAUUAAAAUUUCAAGGGAGCAACACCCUGUUAACAGUUUCCACAACAGCUGAGGCAGCUAUUUAUGAAUAAGACCCCUUUGGAUUAUUGGAGCAGAGCAUUUCUUUUUUUGAAAUGGGAAGGGAUAAGAAGUGUGUUGCUGGACCUUGGAUUAUAGUUUGCUGGUUUAGAAGCAGCCAGUGGUUGAACUGAUGAGUAGAUGUAGAAAGGACUUGUUUUUAUGGUAGAUUUUCUGUAAAAAUUUUAUAUGUUCCUUUUCAGGCUAGCCGGAUGUGUCAAUGCACAGAUGACUAUUCUGUUUUUCUCACUGACUAUACUAUAACAUUAAAAGGGGUUAAAGAAAACAAAAGUCUACCUUUUGCUCUAAGAAAAGUUUUUAGUCCAGAAGCUUUUAAAGCUGUGUGUUUGUUCCUACUCAGAAAAAGCACAGCUUUGUUCUAGGUAUCAUCUCUUGAAAGUAGAAAGCUCCUAAUUAUGUAUGUCACGUUGCAGGGCUUUCUUACACAUUUCUGGAAGGCUUGCCCAAAUCUUUGGAUGGGGUGGGUUAUACAGCAUCCCUUCCCCCAAAUAUGGAUCUGAAAUAAAUGCUACACUGGUAGUGGUGAUAUACUAAUUUUUUAAAACUGUAGAGUAAAUGUGACCUCUAGCCCUAGGUUUGUGGUGUGUACCUUUGUGUUAGUGUGUGGGGAAGGGACAGUGACUUGAUGGUUAUGGGGAGUGUAUCCUGAUGUGUGUGCAGGGGUGAAUAUUGCUCAAUUAUUAACAGCUUUUCAUUUAGGGGUGCAUCGUGAUGAAUGGCCUACUCAGAAAAAUGAAGGAGCACAGAUGCAAAUUUGCCAAGUGAUGAAGUGAACAAGGUUUCGUAUCUAUUUUUUACCAGGUGUUGUAAAAUUUGUGCAUGGCUUUUUUUGUUGUUGCUUAGUAAUUGGUAGAGGAGAAAAGAUGAGGGGGAAAAAAACCCCUCAGCUUUCCUAACCAAUCUUUUCAGAGGUACAUAGUUGGGGAGUAAAAUCUGACUGGCCUAACCUAUUGAAAAGAUCCUGUCCUUUAAAAUAUUCACCCUAUCCUGCAAUCCUCCAUGAAGAGGAACUACAUUGCUGUGUUCUAGUAAUUCACUGUGAUUUAUAACAAACCAGUGAUGUCAUUCUAUUGUGCACUUUUGUCAAACCAUUUAUGUGACUUUAAUAAACAUAGUAAACUUGCUGACUACACCAGAGGUCUAUUAGUGAUUUAUAUAUUGCAUGACAUUUUCUAUUUGAGUUUGACAUGAAGAAUCAUUUUUAAUUUCAUGGCAAUUGAUAGUCCUAAUAGCUCAGCUAAUUUGAAACUAACCAUCCUGCUGUGUAAAAAGAAAAAAUGGUGUUUGUGUUGAGUAAAUGUUUGAAAAAAAA